AUGCCUCCAGGACAGACUCUGCCCGCCAUGCUGUCGUGGGACGUCGCGAAGAAGGUAUGCACGCCACAGGACUUCGAACGCCUGGCGUGCGCCUAUCUGAACGCGACUACCACCGUCGAGGUGUGUAAAAUCUCACAUUCACUCACUAUCUGGGUUACAGCAAAGCUCACCAUGACAGUUCGACGCCGCCACGGCUAGCGCUCAGUUCGGCUGCAAGGCGGACAGCUUCAAGCGUUCGAUCUGGGUCAUCACCAAGAAGAUCAAAGACUACAAGGGAGGAGACGGUGGCGGUGACACUACUCCAGCUCCGGCCUCAGCGAAGAAGGCUACCGGCCGCAAGCGCAAGGCUGAGGGCGAGGAGGUUUCCACGAAGCGCGGUCGGAAGAAGCAGGUUCGGCAGGACGACGGUGAGUUUUCUCAAGAAGAUUCUUAAGUGUCACGGAUGCUAAUCUUCAUGUUCAGAUGUCGAGGAUGUCCCGAUCAAGUCGGAGAAUGGCGCGAAUGGCGCUGAUUCGGACGAUGACGAUGAAGGAGAGUUGCUCUGA